UGUUUCUGCAGUUCGAUGAGGUUACGUAGGCUUCACAGGCUAUUUUGCACUCGUGGUGGUGGUGGUGGUGGUCGUGGUUGUGGCUACGUGAGGGUGAGACGGAUGGGUCCAUACCGUUCGCGAGGAGGUGGCGUGACUCUUGCGAGACGUAAGGAGAUGGAGCCAGGGUCUCCGAAGGCUCUCGAAUCGGUGAUAAGCGAUUUGCAUGUGAAAAGGACAAGGCCAAAGCUUGGAUUGGUACCAUUAGUUGCUCUUAUAUUUUACGAGGUCUCAGGUGGACCGUUUGGAGUGGAAGAUUCUGUCAAGGCAGGUGGACCUUUGCUCGCUAUUGUGGGUUUCCUGGUAUUCCCCUUUGUAUGGAGCAUUCCAGAGGCAUUGAUAACUGCAGAGCUGGCCACAGCAUUUCCCGAGAAUGGAGGGUAUGUGGUGUGGAUCUCAGCUGCAUUCGGAGAAUUUUGGGGUUUUCAGGAGGGUUGGUGUAAAUGGAUCAGUGGAGUUGCAGACAAUGCAUUGUACCCUGUUCUGUUUCUGGACUACUUCAAGCGUGUAGUUCCACUAUUUGCAGAUGGACCUGCGCGUUACAUCGCCCUCAUAGUCAUUACAAUCUUGCUUACUUACCUUAAUUACCGAGGAUUGACGAUUGUGGGCAUGACGGCAGUGUUUCUCACAGGCUUUUCGCUGCUGCCAUUUGUAGUUCUGUCGUUCAUGUCAAUUCCCAAGAUACGCCCGAAGAGGUGGGGGGCUGUUAACCUUAAUAGGGUGAAUUGGGGGACAUACUUGAACACUUUGUUCUGGAACUUAAAUUAUUGGGAUUCUGCAAGCACAUUGGCAGGUGAAGUCGAAAAGCCUCAGCGAACCUUUCCGAAGGCUCUCAUGUGGGCAGUGUUGAUAGUCAUUGUGGGUUACGUCGUGCCAUUACUGGCCGGCACCGGGGCCAUCACGCCAAACGAUGCUUUGUGGGAGAGUGGAUACUUCGCAGAUGUUGGGAAAGCAAUUGGAGGGCCUUUCCUCAAAUGGUGGAUUGAAAUCGCGGCUCUCCUGUCCAACAUGGGAUUGUUUGAGGCUGAAAUGAGCAGCGACUCUUUUCAGCUGCUGGGAAUGGGAGAGAUGGGAAUGCUGCCCAAAGUGUUUGCAAAACGGUCCAAGCAUGGAACACCCUUACUUGGCAUCCUCUUCUCUGCAUCCGGGGUGCUUCUAUUGUCUUUCAUGAGCUUUCAAGAGAUUGUGGAAUUUCUCAACUUUCUGUAUUGCAUCGCCAUGCUCAUUGAGUUUGCUGCCUUCAUCUAUCUGCGAUUGUCACAACCUAACCUAGUGCGGCCAUACAAGAUACCAUUUGGCACUGUUGGCGUCACAGUCAUGUCAAUACCAGCAAUCGGACUAAUAAUCCUCGUUAUGUGUUAUGCGUCAUGGAAAACUAUAGUUGUAAGCGUUGGACUUUUCCUUCUUGGUAUGAUGACCUAUCCUACCUUGCAGCAUGCGAAAGCCAAAAGAUGGGUGGCUUUCGUCGACCCAAAGGUGGUUCGUCCGGCAGAUGUUGCCGAUUCUGGUGCAGCUCCACAAGCGGAGCGUGGUGACCCUGAGCCCAGGGUUCCCAGUGGAAGCAACUCAGUGCAUAUUGAGCUUGGUAGCGGUAGAUGAUGGAGGAGCAUCUCCACAAGGAGGCUGCUGUGGUUACAACUUGAUCUUGACUGCUUGCUGCUGGUGGCCAUCCAUAGCAGGGUAUGCCUACACUUUUUGCAAUUUUUUUGAUAAUCUUGUGAUCACCACAAUGCUCACUGAGGAAUGAGCAUUGGUGCAUAAUCUUCGAGGUAAAGUGAUUAAAAUAGAAAAGAAAGUCAAAUAUAGAAUUCUGUGAACAUGGGAUGCAAAUAAUAGAAUGUUCAGUGGUCAACUCAUGAUAGUUAACCUGAAGUUUCAUUGAAAAGUGGGAAAUCAGUCUCAUACCAUUUUGUUGAUUCCUGGGAAUGUUGAUUUUCUGGAGCCAAAGCUAACAUGGCUAUUGUCUUCCAAAAUGAAUGGAGCAUGUCAAAAGAGUAGUUCUUAAAUAAUUCUGGAGUGUUGAUGGGAAUUAAGAUGUCUAUUAAUAGGAUACGAAUAUCAUGGACUUAUUUAAGCCAUGAAACUAAA